ACUGCCCCCAUUUGACUACAAUUGAAACGGUCUUGUUUAUAUGUAAUUUAUUCCGAUUCUUGUUAGUUGGAGUCGUUGGGAUUUGUGUUUUUUUUUUCAAACACUAUAAAUAUAGCUGACCCGUAUUAUAUUGGAAUUCAGAUAACAGACCUGAGAGCGGCUGUAUCGGUUUUUCUCUGCGUGACAAAGAGGCAGAAAUCUGACUCCAGAACAGCGAGACGCUCACAGGCUGUGAUUGAAAGCUUGUCAGCUCGUCCAGGAAGUGACCCCAACAUAAGCAAGACGGAACGUGACUGCUUACGUAACAUGGCGAGGCGGGGAUCGACAGACUGAAGAAUUUCCCUCCUCCUCCCCCCGACAAACUUUGGAAAGGCAAAUGUCAGAAACUUCACAAUUGACAACAACGCACAAUAACAGGUUCGAAGGUGCAAAAGGAGCGACCAGGCCAACCUUCAACAUGACCAGCUACGCACUAAGGCGCUCUCUUAUCUGGGAUGAAACCGAGUGCCUCAACUAUUACGGGAUGCUGUCUCUACAUGAGGUCUUCGAAAUAGUUGGCUCUCAGCUGACAGAGACGGACAUCGAAGUGCUCUCUUUCCUCUUGAAGGAAACCUGUGUUGGAACACACCCCUUGAACCCUGAGGGCUGGACGGUGAAGCCCUUCGAAGGCGACCAGUUAGGCGUCACCCCGAGUCCCAUGCUCCUUACUGUCUGGAGGCGGUUGCAGUCUCAGUGCUCUCAGCACCCUGUGGUACAAGCCUCUUACAAGUCCAGGAAUGGCCUUGAGUUGUUGUUGGAGCUGGAGAGGCAAGGUUACCUCAGCGAUGGAAACCUGGAGCCGCUUUUGCAGCUCCUGAGAGUCCUCACACGUCAUGAUCUCCUGCCUCUAGUGUCCCACAAGAGAAAAAUAACUGUGUCUCCAGAAAGAAUUAAAAGACGAUGCGGUGUACAACACAGAGAUUCUUUGUGCACUUCUGGCUUGAGAGGCUCCCAUAGACAGGCAGAAAUGCCCCUCCCUUCCUUCACACAGCAAUUGAGAACAGAGUCUGGAGCGUCUCUGAGGAGGAAGAAGAGGAAGAAGAGGGGCAAUGGCUGGAGUCGGAGGCCCAAGAAAACCAACAAGCAGGACCUUCCCUUGCCACCACCAACACCACCUCAGAAAGCGUCAUGCAAUGUCCGCUUAAGGGUCCGAGCCGAAUACCUGGAGCACGAGUCGGCGCUCCGAGACGGCGUCUCGUCGGACAAGCGGCAGCCCCUGGAGCGGCAGUUUGAGUUGUUCAGCCAGGCCAACUCACUGCUGCGCGCCAGAGACCUGGGCUCCAUCGUGUGCGACAUCAAGUUCACCGAGCUGGACAACCUGGAGGCCUUCUGGACCGACUACCUGAGCGGCGCCCUGCUGGAGGCCCUCAAAGGCGUCUUCAUCACGGACUCCUUGAGGGUGGCGGCGGGCUCCGAGGGCCUCCGCCUGCUCAUCAGCGUGGACCAGGACGACUACGAGGAAGGCUGGCGGGUGCUGAGGGCCAGGAGGAUGCGCUCAUCCAGUACCGGUGCAAGGAAGUGCCAAAAGACUUUAAGACAGUGACUGUGAGAGCAGGACCAACAAGGAGACUCUGUGGUAAGCCCCUUUCAAUACAUUAAAUAUGAAUUCAGGAGGGGACUCAACGGUGCUCCUUGAUAAAAUCUUGUUUUGCCAUCAAGAAGUUACUGAGGAUUUAUUUGGUUAUCUUUUUUUUCGUUGCAUUUGACGUCUGUGAUAGAACGGAACAUAGCACCUUAACUUUGGUAAAAACCCGGUGUGCACUCUAUGCUUAAAGAUAACCCGUUUAGGAAGAUAAGCCAGCUUGCGAUUGCUGCGAUCAGUAGGCCAUGAAGGCGCCAUCGGGCCUUCAUCUACUAGAGCCCAGAUAAUGCCAAGGCCUGGUGGCCCAGCAGGUACAAGCGCAGACAAGACAGUGUGUCGCUCAAUACCAGUGCUGUCCAGGAGAUCAAAAUCCAAAGUGCAUACAUCCUGGCUGCGCUCAUCCCUGCCCGACUUGUCUAGUCACCCUGCUGGAACUAAUGCCCGGACUUCACUGACAGAAGACCAUCAAUAAGGACUCCAGCAGAACCACUAAAGCUGCAUGGUCUGAGCUACUGACAUAGCUCCUUAUUUUGUGGUAAAAUGUCUGUUGAAGGAGAAGUUUUUUGUUUGAAUAAUUGUUUUUUGUUGUGGUCAACUAUAUUGGGAAACAUGUAGCAACGGUGAUAUUAUUAUUAUUACUAAUAAAGGUGUGAUAUACCAA